GCAUGCCCGGGACAUGCACAGGUGCUUUGGGGAAGUUGGAGACAGCAAACGGCAUGUUGCUGGAUGGGGAGCACUUCAAAGGCAAAGGACAGUGAGAGAAGCGAAGCCAGUCACAGCCCUGUCUUCCUAGAACACAGACAGUCUCUGUUAUAGCUGACUUCUGCCACGCUGGGCAGCUAUUUCCAACUCCAAGAGGACAAGAGGGGUCAGAUUGAAAGCCAGGUUGGCGUCAUGGUAGCACCUGCAACUUGGUGGCUGAAAAGCAUUAAGAUGUAAAGCAGAACAAAGUGUUUAGUCAUCAGGAACCUAAAGCUCCCCCCUCCCCACCCUCACCUCCCUAUCACCACCCCCCACCCCUCUUAAAUAAGAAGGUGAAGGGGACCCGGAAGGCACAAGGGCACCGGCUCAGGAGGCAGAGAAAAUGGGCAUCCUCAGCGUCGACCUGCUGAUCACACUGCAGAUCCUGCCAGUUUUUUUCUCCAACUGCCUCUUCCUGGUGCUUUAUGACUCGGUCAUUCUCCUCAAGCACGUGGUGCUGCUGCUGAGUCGCUCCAAGGCCACUCGUGGGGAGUGGAGACGCAUGCUGACCUCAGAAGGAAUGCGUUGUGUCUGGAACAGCUUCCUCCUGGACGCCUACAAGCAGGUGAAGUUGGGUGAAAACGCCCCCAAUUCUAGUGUGGUUCAUGUCUCCAAGCCUGAAGCAGGUGACAACACUGGCAGGGGCGCCCAAGAUAAGAUGGUGGAUGGAGCCGAGUGCCACCUUCUGGACUUUGCCAGCCCCGAGCGCCCACUGGUGGUCAACUUUGGCUCGGCCACUUGACCGCCUUUCACUAGCCAGCUGCCGACCUUCAGCAAACUGGUGGAAGAGUUCUCCUCAGUGGCUGAUUUCCUGUUGGUCUACAUCGAUGAAGCUCAUCCUUCAGAUGGCUGGGCGGUGCCUGGGGAUUCUUCUCUGUCUCUCGACGUGAGGAAGCACCGCAGCCAGGAAGACAGAUGUGCAGCAGCUCACCAGCUCCUGGAGCGCUUCUCCUUGCCGCCCCAGUGCAGAGUUGUGGCUGACCGCAUGGACAAUAAUGCCAACGUAGCCUACGGGGUCGCCUUUGAACGCGUGUGCAUCGUGCAGAGACAGAAAAUUGCCUAUCUGGGAGGAAAGGGUCCCUUCUGCUACAACCUUCAAGAAGUCCGGCAUUGGCUGGAGAAGAGUUUCAGCCAGAGAUGAAAUCUAGAUUAGCUGUUAAAGGUAUGAUUGCAAUAGAGGCUCUUUUGUUUGUCUGUUUUGUUUUUAAUAUGGAAAGGGAAGGAAACUCAGAACUGAAUCCACUAUUUCAACUACGUCCCACUGCCUCACUGAAAGAUGGGGAUUUGCAUGUCAGAUGAACACAAGCCUCUUACAUCUCAAUACUUCUGUGCCAUUCAAAUGACAUUUGGCGGAUGGCUUCUUUUUCCCAGUGAAAAGUCCUGGGUGAAACAAUUUCCAAGAUGGAGAGGAAGACACGUUCUCUCAGCAUCUGAGCAGCUGACCUGGAAAAGAAGUGACACGGCUAACGUGUGCUCUGGGACAUGAAGAAAAUCAUGAAUCGUUGCUCUGUUAGGGAAAGUGCUGUCUAUAUUAGUAAAUGGGAGGUUGCCUAGGGUUUAUUUAGCCUGGAUAGAAGCCAACUGGAAAAUUCCCAAUAUUUACUUACCGUGAGUUCUGCCACUGAAGUCAUGUGGUUGGGACCACGGUGUUUAACAUGUUAGUGACUGGUGUUCUAGUGUCUCUUUAUGUAUUAUUCGAUGCCAAUUUAAAGCAGUCCCAGAAUUCAGAUGUGUGUCUGUAGAGACCAAGGAUGACUCCCAACCUAGAGGGUUAGCAUGAUCACUUGAAAUCUGAGGGUUACUUUCUAGUCUAGUGGAAAAUCAAAUUGAUCAACUAUGGAAAGGAGGUAGGAGACACAUAUUAGGAGGCUUCCUUGAGAUUCAACUUGGAGCUGUAGAGAGUGGGAACAAUUUAUUUUUCACAGAAAGAUGCAAGGCCAGGCAUAAGAAGAAGCCUGCUAAAACAGUCCUUGACUGAGUGAGAAACGGAGAUGGAAAAGGCAAAAAAUGCACUUUGAUAUUAGUAUUUAUGAAGGUUUUUUUCUUUCUUUUCUUCCUCCUCCUCCUCCUCCUCCUCCUCUUCUUUUUACCAGAACACUGCUCAGUUCUGGCUUAUGGUAGUGCGGGGAAUUGAACCUGGAACUUUGGAGCCUCAGGUAUGAGAAUCUCUUUGCAUAACCAUUGUGCUAUAUACCCCCCCCCACCUCAUGAAGGCUUUUUUUAUUUAAUAAUUACUUUUUAAAACCAUGCUUGUGGUAUGUGUAUUUUCAGUUGGUGGAUUAUACUCCAUGAUACCAAUUAAAAGUAAAACCAGUGGGCCCAGUGGUGCUGGUCUAUGCCUCCCCAUUCCUGCAUUU